AUGCCUUCCAUCAAGAGCCUCCUUUCGGCCUUUGCCCUUGCGUACCUGGCCAACGCAACCACCAUCAAGAUUACAGCCACCUCCUCCAACACCUUUGAUCCUUCAACCAUCAAGGCAAAUGAUGGCGACGUCUUGGAGUUCAUUUUCGAGCCCAAGAACCACUCCGUGGUCGCUGGUGACUACCGCUACCCCUGCUCUCCCUUGGAGCUCGGCACCGGCUUCUUCUCUGGCUUCUUUGCGACAUCCAGCGGCGAAAAUGACAAAGUCUUUCGCGUAGAAAUCAACGGAACCGACACCAUUCCGUUCUACUCUUCGCAGGGCAACGAGUGCGCCGGCGGCAUGGUUGGCAUCAUCAACCCCAAGGGCAACCAGACCCUCGACGACUACAAGAAGCGCGCUUCAACCCUGGCAAGGAGUGUCUCCCCCGGCCGAACCUCCUUUGGCGGAGAGAUUGCCGACAAUGACAGCAGCUCAGACAACUCCACCAGCGGUGAUGGCAACGGAAAGGGUGGUAGCAGCGGUGGCAGCAGCUCCGGAAAGGGAGGCAGCAGUGGAAGCGGAAGCGGCAGCUCGGGCGACAGCUCUUCUGACAAGGACGGCAAGGAUAACGGCAGCGUCUCUUUGUCUAUCUCCGUUGGCGCCCUCGCACUCGCUUUCAUGAUGGCGAUUUAA